UGGGUUCCCUGUUCCAUCCUCUCCUCUCCUGCAAAAAACCCCCAAAAAAAAGAAAAGCAAAACCGUACGAAGACAGAAGGACGAGUGGCACCUACGCCUCGUCAGUUACACAAAAUUAUUCGCUUCUCAUUUACAGUUACAUGAGAGACAUGAGAGAAAGAAAGAGAGGGCAUAAGAGAAGCGUUACUCAUCGAUGUUAAAGCUUAAACCCACCCGUCAUUUACAGGGUGAGCUAAAAAACCACUUUAAAAAAUGGCCUUGACCCUUUAGAGAGAGAAAAAUAAAGAGACGGGUACAAACGUACAUGGAAAGCGUAAGUGGGAGGGAGGUAGAAAGAGGGAAGAGCCGUUGGCCCUUCCAAUCUAUAGAAUUUACAAGUUGGUUGUCUUUCCUUUUAAGGGGGCGAUGAAGUCGAAGGAGGGAUUCUUAUUUGCUUGAUGGGUUUUCUACAUCUGUCCUUUUUGCUCUUAGGAACGAAACUACCUACAUAAGUGAAGAAAAACCCUACUCCUACCCACAAUUUCUGUGGUUCUAUCGCUUUGGGACCGAGAUUGGGAUUCAAGAGAUUUAGUUGUAAUUGCAGGAUGGAAUGAACUGGAAGUUUUCACGUAACAAGGCUUAUUGGGCCUUUUCCUGUUGAUUUGCGAACAUAGGUUUUCAUUCUCCCUUGUUGAAUCAUUUGACAACACUUCAUCUCUCUCUCUCUCUCUUUUCAAGAAAAUGAUGAAAACAAUUUAGCUGGAAUUGAGCUGUGAGAUUGCACGAUGAUGUUAUUCAACAAAGAAAUUGAGGGUUUACAUGAUGAUGGCUUCGAAGGUUCAAAUGAUGAACGCCAUAUUUUCAGGAAUACUUUUUGUGGAAAUGAGGAUGGUUACACCAGUAAGAGGUGUCUGGUUACCGGAGCUAUCAGUUUUGAAGGUGAGGGCAAUGAACACAGAAAUAUGCUGUCGAAUUCAAUUAAUGAGAACUUACAACUGACAAGUCCAUUCUCGACAAAAGAUUUGUGUGUAGAGGACUCCUGCACUGCAAAUGAGAAUUAUAGGCAUGUGAAUUGCAGCCCUAACGGAGUUGGCAGAAGAAUUGCUGAAUCAGGGUGUCUUCAGUAUGCCUCAGCCUGUUCAGUUGGAUUAAGUUCCGAUAAAAUCGCAACUAAACAUUCUCCUGAUGUGGGGAACGAGACUCAGAUUGGAACAAGGGAUGAAGUUGCUUCUUGUAUUUUUUCUCCAGAUUCAUGCUAUGUUGGUCAAACAAUGGCAUGCUACUUGGUUGAAUCUUCAGAUCAGGGUGUUAUAUCAAGUUGUUAUCUUCUGAAGCGACAAAAUGUGGACCAUGGAGGUGACAUUGAUGAACCUGGUGCUUCCAAGUGUGAAAUAUCUACUGUACAUGGAAAUGAUGUAAAGGAAGUUCCUGAAAGUAUGCCUACUUCACCUACUUCUCAGGAGCGUUUUAGAACAAAGCUUUAUGUUGCAGAUUCAUCCAUUGCUGCUAGAGAAAGUUUUCUUAAAUCUGUUGACACAGAUAUUGUUUCGUUGAAGAUUGAUUCUGUGAAAGAUCUCCGUCCACGUCUUCGUAAUCAUGUCAAUCAUUUGCUUGAGGCUGCAGGCUGGAUUCUUUCAACGCGCAUAAGGUCGGACAGGAAUACUUUGGCUCCAGUUUAUAUAUCACCUGAGGGGGAGGAUUUUCGUGCAUUCCAGAAAGCUUGGUGGUCAUGUGGCGAGAGAUUGCUUGCUGAUAGAUACAGUUUGAUGCAGGAAAAUUAUGAGAAGCAGUGGAUUGGUAUCAGUGAAUUCUGGUUGGACUUAUUGGAUAUAUUAAUGAAAAUUGAAAAAGAGAUGCAUCAAACAGAAACUUCUGCCUCACUGGCUCGUCUGUGGAAUAUUUUAGAUCCCUAUGUUACUGUGGUGUAUAUUGACAGGAAGAUUAGUGCCCUCAGAGAGGGAAAACUUAUUAAAGCAACUAAAAGUGCAUUAUCUGUCAAUUCAAGCAAUGUGGAUGAGGUUAGUAACCAGCUUGUUCAGGGUCAGAAUCUACUACAUGGUUCUCCUCUGGUCACUGAAGGUGCUGAGAUUGUUACCUGGAGAAAGAAGGUCACCCUCAAUGAGCAGAGCAGCAAUGGAGAUUUCUCAGCUCUUGGUGAAUGGAGUGAGGGAGGGGCUGAGAAAGCAUUGAAAGGUUCAUCAAUUUAUUUUCCUUAUGGAAAAGAUAUGCUUGUGGGAGCAAACACUGAAAAGGUGAUUAAAGAUCAGCAUGUGAUAACCUUUGGGCACCAAAUGAAUGGCUUGCAUUUGAGCUCUGUACCAGUUUGUGGUUCAGAUAUCACAUGUAUCUGUUCUGAAAGCCAGUUGCAUGAUGUUCCAAUCACUUUGUGGACUGUAGAUACAGUGGUGGAAAAGGCUGGAAAUGACUUCUCUCAGCAAGAUAGCAACCCCAGCAUCACAAGCUCUGAAGGAAAGAGUUCUGGAAAGAAAGUGGGAAGGGAAAUUAAAGCUGUACAAGGGGAAUUAGAUGAAUUUGGCAUGGAAAAGGAUACAGCAUUGGAUAAGGUAGGCAAGCACCUGCAAAAGUCUCUGCUGGACCAUUUGGGUCAAUCAAUAUCUUCUUGUCAUUCAGACAAUUCAUCUGUGCAGGUUGAUACUUGUACACAUUCUACUCCCUUUGCUGCAGAAGUUGUAGAGACUGCAGUUAAGAAGGGGGUCUCUAAUGAUUGUAAUCAGAAAGUUGACAAUCAAAGUUUCUCAGUCCUUGAUCAACCAAGUUCUGAAAUUAAAGAUCUUGAACUCCAUUCGAGUCAACUGUGUGAGCAGUCUGCAGUUGAACAGAAUAAACUGUUCCUUAACCCUCACGGCAAUUUUUCCCUUGGAAUGUUGGUGCACAAUGAGGGAGAGGGGCGUUCUCAGGAGGGCAUGCUUGAAAUUGUUGAUGGAGGAUCCAUGCAUCAUGAGACACUAUCUUCUGGAUGUCAGAGAAGCUGUAGCAGGAAACCUCCUUGUCUUGAUGUGGAUGAAAAGGAGAAAACUAAUUUGAAUUCCUCACCCUUACAAGAAAAACAAUAUUUCUCUCAAAGGGAGGUGCCAUCUGACAGACUACAACUGUUGGGACAUCUAAACGAGAAAAGUUGCAAGGCUGUUGGAGCUUCAAAAUUUGAAAUGAAGCAUGCAUCUGUGGCAGCAACAGAAGUUGGUCCACUAAAGAAGACACCUAGGAAGUCUAAAAGGAUAUCCGAAAUAAAACAUCCCAAAUUAUUCAAAAUCCAUGGGGAAUUAUAUUUGUCCACUCCUCAGAAGGUUAAGUCACAAAAUGACAGAAUUAGAACUCGUUCACAGUCCAGUAAAAGCCAGAAAUGCCAAAAAGGUAAAGGAAGUACUGAUUGGAGCAGCAAGAAAUCCUUGUCUAUAAGCUCUUCCCAACAUCAAAGUGCAAAAAGAUCCAGAAGUAAGAAGUUGAAGAACCAGUUGAAUGAUUCUCGAAAAUUAGCUGUGGUGGUUCAUGAUAGAAAAGGUCGAAAGAAGCUUCACUUGGAAAAUUAUACUGAUGAAGCCCCUUUGCUUAUGAAUGUUGAAUCUCUUGAAUCCCAGUAUUCCAGGAAAGUUGGCAAGGCAAGAAAAUCUAAAUUCAAAGAUGAAAAUGGACGGAAGAGAUUGCGCCGGAGUCAGAUUGAGGAUGAUGACCUUUUGAUUGCUGCUAUGGUUAAGCCCAAAGAUUUUGGGUCCAAGGGGUCCACUGAAAGGAAUGCCUGUAACUCAAAAUCUUUUAGGAAACUUAAGAGUCAGAGCAGCAGUUGCAAGUUGCUUCCACGAAGCCCAGGGAAAGGUGGGAAGCACAUGGAUAUUAAGUUGUCAGCCAUGGGGAAAAGAACGGUGCUAUCAUGGUUGAUUGAUGCAGGUGUUGUGUCUGUGAAUGAUGUGGUCCAGUACCGGAGACGAAAGGAUGAUGCUGUGGUCAAGGAUGGCUGGAUUACUAGAGAUGGUGUACUUUGUAAGUGCUGCAAUAAGGUGCUUUCUGUCUCUGAAUUCAAAAUUCAUGCUGGUUGCAAGCGAUAUAGGCCAUGCUUGAAUCUUUUCAUGGAGUCUGGUAUGCCAUUCACCUAUUGCCAGCUUCAAGCUUGGUCAGCUGAAUACAAGGCCAGGAAAGAUGGGACACGAGCAACUCAAGUUGAUGAAGUGGAUCAAAAUGAUGAUACAUGUGGUCUUUGUGGUGAUGGGGGUGAGUUGAUAUGUUGUGAUAACUGCCCAUCUACUUUUCAUCAGGCCUGCUUGUCUGCACAGGAGCUCCCUGAAGGAAGUUGGUAUUGCUCAUAUUGCACCUGUCGGAUUUGUGGAGAUGUGGUCAAUGACAAGGAGGCUUCCAUUGUACUAAAAUGCUCACAGUGCGAGCGUAAAUAUCAUAAUGCAUGUGUAAAAGAAAGUGAUAUGCAUAAAGAAGGCACUGUUUCUGGUACAUGGUUUUGUGGGGGGAACUGUCAGGAGGUGUACUCAGGUCUUCGUUUUCGUGUUGGCAUCUUAAACCAUAUUGCAGAUGGUUUUUCUUGGACCCUUCUGAAAUGUAUUGAUGGUGAUCAGAAAAUUCGUUUGGUACAAAGAUGCGCAUUGAUGGCUGAAUGCAACUCAAAAUUAGCUGUUGCUCUCACACUUAUGAAAGAAUGCUUUCUUUCAAUGGUGGAUCCUAGAACAGGCAUAGAUAUGAUACCUCAAGUAUUGUACAACUGGGGGUCAAAUUUUGCACGUUUGAAUUAUGAAGGCUUUUACACUGUGGUAUUGGAGAAGGGUGAUGAGCUUAUAUCUGUAGCAUCCAUCAGGAUGCAUGGAGUGGAAGUUGCAGAAAUGCCUCUUAUUGCCACUUGCAGUGCAUACCGUCGGCAAGGAAUGUGUAGGAGCCUUUUAAAUGCUAUUGAAGAGAUGUUGAAGUCUUUCAAGGUUGAAAAACUGGUAUUAGCUGCAAUUCCAAAUUUAGUUGAUACAUGGACUUUAGGGUUUGGCUUUGAACCCUUGGAAGAUAAAGAUCGGGAACAACUAAAAAAUAUCAACUUGAUGGUGUUUCCUGGUACAACAUGGCUUAAAAAGAGCUUGUAUGAGAAAAAAGCUACAGAUGCCAAACUCUCAGAGCUUGCUGAUGCAUCAUCACCCUUGAGAAUAGAAGGAUCAAUAGAAACAGGUGUUGAGUCUGCACAUACAUCUGAAAAAAUUUGUUGCAUAACAAAAGUUGUCUCAGAAGCGGCACCAAUUCCCAUCCACCACCAGAAUCUGCAGCCAGAUGAAGAGCAAGGAAAAAGUCCACAGAAAUAUCAUUCAAGGCAGUCUUCUGGAAAACCUGUUGUAAUGUUGAGGGGAAGUGAGACAUUAACUGUCUCUAAUGUUGAAUGCUGCAGGGUGAAAGAAGACACAAUAGGUUUGUAUGAAGGGAAUCGGCCUCUUUCCGUAGAACAGGGAUAGAAAAGUAAAACCUGUGCAUUGCACAGGGAGUAGUAAAAGUAUAUAUUAGAUAUAUCUCGUGCAAUGCCUGGUAGCCAAAAAGAAAGGCAGCAAGGUGCAGCCUGAUAGUUAGGGAAGAGGAAACCAAAAACUAAAAGAAAAAGAAAUGGAAGGCAACAUGGAAAAAGCUUAGAAAGGAGAAAUAAAGGUAACAGUAAACAUAGGAAAAAUGAUAGAGGGAACAAACAUAGAGGAGAAAGUUAGAAUAUGAAGUGAAAAAGGUAUUACAAAAACUUUGGCUCAUUUUGAUUUGAUGUAACUGAAUUUGUUAGAAUAGGGGUUGCCUGGUUGAAAUCCUCUGCUCCAAUUUUUCUUCUUCUUUUAUCACUUCCAUCUUUUGCUAUCUGGUUGAAGCUGCAGGAAAACCUUACAUUAUGUCAGAAAAAUGAUCAACUAGUUAGGGGAAGAUCCAUGGCUAGUAUAAAAUACAAUUUUAUGUCACCUGUUGAGUAAUUAGAACUGUCACUUAAUCAUCUGUUCAAAUUACUGAAAUAUAAUUACCAUAGUGACCAACGGCUGCAAUCUUAUCACAGCUGUUAAUGCAUGUUACAGUAAUUGACAAAUCAUUCCUUGAAGGAUUGUACAAGAUUAUGGAUUCUCUGACA